CACCAUCGUGUCUCUGCUGUCCACUGUCGACAGUCCGCACAAGAGUUCUAGUCGAGGUUGCGCGGUGGAAUACAUCUAGUGGUCUAACAAAUCUCUGUAAGUCUUAUCGUUUCAUUGUCCAUUCAGUAUAUAUGCGUAUCUUCUCUUUGUUCUGUAUUUCAGUUUGCCGAAUUUAUUUUAAAUUUAAGCCAACAGUUGAAGAAUGGCUUAAUUUGGUUAAGAUUGGAGACAAAUAAAUUUCUUACUGCAACGGAAGUGGUUGGGUUCGAGGUUCAUUUCUCAGAGUUAUGUUGUAUCUUUUGUUGCUUAAACUGGUAUAAUGGAGGUAAUCGUGACUAGUGGAUUUAUGGGUGUAUCUAGUUUGGAGGGAAGUGGGCUUUUCUUCUUAAAUUAUUUCCAGAAUCCUUCUUCGUCACUUGGGUUUCCGGUUUCUCGCAAACCUAUUUCCAAAGUUGCUUUGAAUACCAAGAAAGUGAGUCGUAUUGAACUUUUCAGUUUGAGAGCAUCCAGUUGCAGAAUUAUGAAUGUUUUGUCAGAGGGAGAGGCCACGAAUCGGUCUAGUAGUGAUGGGUUUCUAGAGAAAGAGUUCAGAUUCCAGCCAACUUUUGAUGAAUAUUUGAAGGCUAUGGAGUCUGUUAAGAAUAUUAAGGAGAUUCAAGAUGGCAGUCAAUAUGAUUUGAAAAAUGAGUCAAGACGAAAAGAAACUCCGAGAAAAUUCAUGUCCGAGGAUGAUGAGGAUAAUAAAAUGUUGGAUGCUUCCGAAGGGCAUGAACACCAAAUGAAGGGCGUUUACUCCAUUAAACGAAAUGCAUUAUUUAAGAAGUCUGGUAGAGAAGGUUUAGAUGGUGACAGGUUAAAUUACAAGAAAAAGGAUAGUAGAGGUUUGAAGCACAAGAGUAAGUUGAACUCUGACAAGGUCUCAGGAGAGGGCAUUAUCAGAAAUAAUCAGGGUUUGGCUCAAAGUAAAUUGGAUGGAUUAGAUAAAGAUGAAUUGGAUAASUGGAAACAUGAUGUGGAUUUGAAGGUUAAUAGAGAAUCCGGAGGAGAUGAAUUUGAAAGAAGUUUAAAGGGAACAAGUGGAAGAUGGAAAAAGGACCAGCCUAGUAGCUUAAAACAACAAUUUGAGGAGAUAAGGUUCAAUAAGAGCAUGGAAGAGCAAGGCAUAAACAGAAGCUAUUGGAGACACAGUUCCAUCCAAAAGGUCAGCCAUAAUCUUUUCUCAGGGAAGAAGCAGAUGGUUCAAAAUAGGAAGGAUGAUACUGGAAAGUUGGAAUUUGGUAGAAGUGAUGCUGCAAAGAAGCCAAAAGAGUCUGAUAAUAAUCUGAACUUGAUCAACAGUGGGAAUUAUUAUAUAACUGACAUGGAAAGAAAGGAGGGAAAAACUGAAUGCAAUAAAGAUAUGCAUGAUAAUGAAGUUGAGACGAAGAUUAAUAACUCUAGGACUACCAAUGGUAAGCUGGAAAGGAAGUUGUCUUAUGGAAAUCAAAGGUUUGUUAACUUGGAAAAUGAUAUCUCUGAAACAGAGAAACUUGGUCUUAGAAAUUCCAAGACAAAUGGAACCAUGGAUAGAGAUGACAUGCAAGUCAAGGGCUAUACUGAAUAUCACAUUUCAUGCAAAAAGUCAAGGCUGAAAAGGGACAGUAGGGGUUUUUCUGAGGAUGUUGAUGAAAACGGUAUGGAGAUGGAAAUGACUGCCUUCAAGUCUUUUGAGGCAUUGACAGAUGUCAGGGACAUGUCACGGGUCUCAAGAAUGGAAAUGGAGGAGAGAAUCCAGAAGCUUGCAAAAUGGUUGAAUGGUGCAGACAUCAAUUUGCCUGAAUGGUUGUUUUCUAAGAUGAUGCGAAGUGCAAAAAUUAGAUUCACAGAUCAUUCUAUUUUGAGGGUUGUACAGAUAUUGGGUGCAUUUGGUAAUUGGAGACGUGUGCUACAAGUCCUAGAGUGGCUUCAAUCUCGUGAGCGUUUCAAAUCCUACAAGAGUAGAUAUAUUUAUACAGCUGCACUUAAUGUGCUUGGCAAGGCAAGGAGACCAGUGGAGGCAUUUAAUGUAUUUCAUGCAAUGCUGCAACAAUUAUCUUCGUAUCCCGACCUUGCAGCUUAUCAUUGUAUUGCUGUCACUCUUGGACAAGCGGGGCAUUUGAAGGAACUCUUUGAUGUGAUUGAUUGCAUGCGAUCUCCUCCCAAGAAGAAAUUCAAAACAGGGGUGCUUGAGAAGUGGGACCCACGGUUAGAACCAGACAUUAUUGUCUACAAUGCUGUUCUAAAUGCUUGUGUGCGGCGCAAACAAUGGGAAGGGGCAUUUUGGGUGUUGCAGCAAUUGAAACAACAGGGUCUGCAGCCUUCUAACACAACAUAUGGCCUUGCCAUGGAGGUAAUGUUUGCAUGUGGCAAGUACAACUUGGUUCAUGAGUUUUUCAACAAGGUCUGUAAAUCCUCCAUUCCAAAUGCUUUGAACUACAAAGUUCUUGUGAAUACUCUUUGGAGGGAAGGUAAAGCGGAUGAGGCUGUGUUGAUUGUGCAAGACAUGGAAAGACGAGGAAUAGUGGGUUCUGCUAGUCUUUACUAUGAUCUUGCUCGUUGUCUUUGUAGUGUAGGAAGGUGCCAAGAAGCUCUAAUGCAGAUUGACAAGAUAUGUAAGGUGGCAAAUAAGCCUCUGGUCAUAACUUACACAGGAUUGAUUCAAGCUUGUUUGGACUCUGGAAAUGUUCAAGAUGGAGCUUACAUCUUCAGUGAAAUGCGCAAAUUGUGCUCCCCAAACCUGGUGACUUGUAAUAUAAUGCUAAAAGCUUUUGUGAAAAACGGAAUGUUUAAUGAAGCAAAAGAUCUAUUCCAACAGAUGUGCGAUGGCAGCAGUAACAUUAGCAGCAAAGCUGAUUAUGCGAACAGAAUAAUACCUGAUGAUUACACAUUUAAUACUAUGCUAGAUGCGUGCACUGCAGAGAAGAAGUGGGAUGAUUUCAAGCAUGUCUAUCAAAGGAUGCUGGAUCAUGGCUUCCAUUUCAACAAAAAACGCCACCUUCGGAUGAUCCUCGAGGCUUCUAGAUCCAUAAAGGGAGAGUUGCUGGACAUUACUUGGAAUCACUUGGUUGGGGCAGAACAGGUUCCACCUCUAGCUCUCUUGGAGGAAAUAUUUUUCUUGAAAUUGCAGGAAAAUGACUGUGCUGCAGCUAUCUCCAUAAUUGGACACAAGACAAGUGAAUUACAUGCUUUCUCUGAGAAAACAUGGUUUAAUUUAUUCAAGAUGAAUUCCCACCGCAUUGAAAAGCAUACACUUAUUAAGUUGAUACAUGAGUUGAGUUUCCUUGUUGCCGGAAAUCACCAUCCAAACCCUACAUUCAAGAAUAUAAUAUCAUCUUGUAGAGAGUUUAUCAGGACCCAUUUAACACCACAUGAUAUUAACCCUGUAGAAAAGGUUGGAAUGAACUUUUCAGGGAUAAUGGUGGAUUCUUGAUGAAAUAUCUGGUUCCCUAGUUCAGCAGUGGUUGUAAUCUAAAAAAGCAUUGCAGUGAACACGAUUAAUUGACUACAUGUUUCCAAGCCGUCUGACUAUCUUUUUGGAUAGGUAGCCAUCUUACUUGUAGGCAUAGCUGAUGGUAGCCACUCAACCUAUCAUUUCAACUAGUAAAUAUGUAAUUGUUCUUAAGCUGUAUAUGCAAUUGGGUAUUACUAAAUGACUGCAACCAAAUAUAUAAUUGGUCUUAAAUUUUAUUUA